AAUGAUGCGUUGCAAUAACAGCCUUUGUGCAAUCAUUCAAUUGACAAUGGAAGUCUGCAGUUUUAAAUGUGUCUCUACAUAUGCAGGGUCAAACUAGCUAACUACAGUAAUAAUUAAAAAACAACGCUGAAUUCUCCGGAAGUUGCAAUUAGUCGUGCUUUUAUUUUGAAUGGUCAAUACAGGAUGUUACAGGACGCCUCGAAACCUUUAGUACGUUUGGAAGAAGCGACAGCUGACAAGGUAAUCUGACAAAAUAACCUGAGAGACUAGACGAGUUCGUGUUUUUACAAGCUAUGCAGUUUCUGGAGUGGCUAUUGUCACUUGGCUUCAGCUCUCGCUCGAACACGGAGGAAUUGUGGAGUCGUCUGCUGCCUCUGCCCCCUCCUCUUCCCUCCUUGUCCCUGUCUACUUCCUCUCUGCUGGGUUUAGGAGCCGUAGCCUCCAUCACUGCGUAUUGGCUGAUGAGUCGACCUCGACCCAUGCUUCCUCCCUGUGAUCUAGGAGCCCAGUCUGUGGCUGUAAAUGGAGAUCCCAGCUGCAGACGAUCAGCUCUUCUAAAAGAUGACUUGCUGCUGGACUUUUACUAUGACGACACCAGGACGGUUUACGACAUGUUUCAGAGAGGCCUGCGGAUCUCAGGAGACAGUCCAUGUCUGGGCUUCAGGAAGCCAGAUCAGCCCUACCAGUGGAUCUCCUACACUGAGGUGGCUGAGUGGGCUCAGGGCCUCGGCUCUGGUCUGUUGGCUAAAGGCUGCCAACCCAACCCACAACAGUUUGUUGGGAUUUUUGCACAGAACAGACCAGAGUGGAUCAUCUCUGAACUGGCCUGUUACACUUACUCCAUGGCGCUGGUUCCUCUGUAUGAAACACUGGGGAUGGAGGCCAUGGUUCACAUCCUCAACUUAGCUGAGAUCUCUCUGGUGAUCUGUGAUCGUGAGGACAAGGCUAUGUGUCUGUUGGAGAACAAGGAGAGCGGUGCAACUCCAAAGCUCUCCUGUCUGGUUCUGUUCAACACUUUCUCUGAGGCCUUUGUGGACAGAGCCAAGGCCUGUGAGGUGGAGGUCCUGAAACUGGAGGAGCUCACGGACCUGGGAAGAAGGAACCUCAGAGAUCCUGUGCCGCCCCAACCCCAGGAUCUGGCCGUGGUUUGCUUCACCAGUGGAACCACAGGGAAGCCCAAGGGAGCCAUGAUCACCCACGGAAACAUCGCCUCCAACACUUCCUCUGUCAUUAAGAUCCUGGAGGGUUCGUUUGUGAUCAAGCGGGAGGACGUGUCGAUCUCGUACCUGCCACUUGCCCACAUGUUUGAGAGGAUGAUUCAGGUUUCAAUGUUCUGCCAUGGGGCCAGAGUGGGAUUCUACCAGGGGGAUAUCACGCUGUUGAUGGACGACAUCAAAACUCUCAAACCCACCUUCUUUCCAGUGGUGCCUCGAUUACUCAACAGAAUCUACGACAAGAUCCUGGGUUCCGUGUCCUCUCCGUUUAAACGGGCGCUGCUUCACUACGCGGUGAGGAGGAAGCAGGCAGAGCUCAGGAGUGGCAUCGUACGCAACAACAGCUUGUGGGACAAACUGGUGUUCAGGAAGAUUCAGGCCAUGCUGGGAGGUAAUCUCCGCUUCGUCCUGACUGCCUCAGCGCCCAUCAGUCCUACAGUGCUGUCCUUCCUCAGAGCUACCAUGGGCUGCCUGAUAUUUGAGGGCUACGGACAGACAGAGUGCACUGCUGGCUGCACAUUCUCUCUGCCUGGAGACUGGAUUGCAGGUCAUGUUGGUUCUCCUUUACCUUGUGCCAUGGUGAAGCUGGUUGACAUACCUGAUAUGAACUACUACGCCAAGAAUGGAGAAGGAGAGAUCUGCAUCCGUGGGCCGAGCGUGUUCAGAGGCUACCUGAGGGACCCAGAAAGGACAGCUGAGGCCUUGGACACUGACGGAUGGCUGCACAGCGGUGACGUGGGCCAGUGGCUUCCGAACGGGACACUGCGCAUCAUUGACAGAAAGAAGCACAUCUUCAAGUUGUCCCAGGGAGAGUACAUCGCUCCAGAGAAGAUCGAAAAUGUCUACAUGCGCUGCGUCCCUGUGCUGCAGGUGUUUGUGCACGGAGACAGCUUACAGUCAUUCCUUAUAGGCAUUGUUGUGCCAGACGUUGAGGUGUUUGUUUCCUGGGCUAAGAAGAGAGGAUUAGUGGGGUCCUACGAGGAACUGUGCCAGAAUCCCGACGUAAAGAGUGCUGUAUUAGAAGACAUGAGAGCCGUGGGCAAAGAAGCAGGGCUCAAGUCCUUUGAACAAGUGAAGGACAUUCACUUACAUCCAGAAACGUUCACCAUAGCCAACGGCCUCCUGACACCCACCCUGAAAAGCCGACGUGUAGAGAUCCGCAAAUUCUUUGAGGAACAAAUUACGACCAUGUACAACAAGACGGGUGUUUAGUAGACCCAGCAAAAAAGUUAAGUCUUAAUCUUUUAACGGUGUAAACACAAUGUGAUGUUUGGGUUUGGAGUGUGCGGCUUCACAAAGGUGUGUAAUUCACUUGUAACUCGGUGUCACACAUGUUUAACUUGAAUUACUCUAAAAAGUUAGUAUAAAGUAUUUACGACUAAUUGACUUUUUUUUUCCUUUUUCCUUUCACUAAGGGGACUGAGGUGGGGGGCACUGUAGCACUGGAAUUGAAGGGCACCAAAUACUGUAUGUUGUAAGGCCAACAAAAAGAGCUAAGACUUUCUAUUUCUAAAUUUCUUGAGGAUUGAGACCUCUGUAUUGUGGUUGUUGCUCAUGUUGUAGCACAUCUGCAAUAACAUUUUUUCUAUAAAGAACUUGAUUUAUGUUGGACUCAAAAACAUACUCCUUUAACUGAUGGUGCUUAGAUUUGGUCACAGAUUAUUUUCCAGAGAAGAAUCAAGUGGUUCAGGAGAAACCGCAAAAUCAAGUUAUAUUUCUUCCAAGGCUUUUCCCCAACAAGAUAUUUUAAAGGGAUGUUGUAUUUUGGAGAUGUAGAUAUUGCAAUAACUGUAGUAUAAAUUAUAAAGAUGGUUGGGUUUUUUUUUUUUUUUGGGGGGGGGGGAAUCUUAGAUUCAUACCUGUGCAUUUUGGAGACUAGGUACCUGCAUUGAGCUGUGUACUUGUACAAUUAAUGGUCGUUCUGUAAAUACUUGUUAUAUUGACAUCCAUGGAUGUGACAUGGCUAAAAAGUGAAAUGCAAUAUAGAGUAACUGAAUAAACUGGUGUACAUGGAUUGUGAGUGUCUACUUUUAAAUAUCUUCAUGAGUGUCAUACAGAAACAAUACCCUACUUUAGUGAAAGAUGUGGAGCAAACUCUCCUUACUUUUCGUCUAAAUUACAUUUUUUUUCUCCCAUUUUUGUCUACGUAGCUAAUAAAAGAUUUUGUAGAAUUGUAUUUAAAUGCCCAGGAUUCCACCAAAAUGUAAUAUGGCAAAAGAACAGACGCAUUUGGAGGAAGUGUGAACAAGAGGUUUUCUUAUCUAUGGUACUUUAUUUCCUGAUUGGUUUAACAUUGACAUGACACUAGAAAGUAGUAUCGAAUGUUCUUAAAUAAAAAAACCCUACACAUAAGAGUUAGUGUUUACAAAUGUAACGCAAAGACAGAAAAUCCUUCAGCUACACAAAUUUAAAAACUAGAAAAACAUUAUUGACAAUUGCAUGUUUGAUCCAAAUCAACAAAAUUAAAUAAAAAUGACUAAAAGUUAAAACAACACAGUUUAAGAAUAAAUUAAAUCUUCUGACACAAAACCUCACUUCUGUGUAACACCUACUUUAUGGCUGCAUUAACAACGAUGUUUCUGAGUAACAAUACAUGGGUUUGACACAUUAUGUGAUCCCAGAUUAAAAAAAAAACAAACAAACAAAGAAAUGGGACUGCCGAAUUCCCGCAAUAGAACAAAGAAAUCAGAAAUGUCAUUAUCAAUAUUCCCCACCAGAGGACGCACCAGCCUGCUUAUUUGACAGUGAUUGGACUCAGCUAAUGUGACAGGUCGACCUUUCACCAAUGCUGCUGCUGCACAUUGGUGCAGCACUUCGUAAACAUAUUUUUUUUAACUUUCAUGUUAAGUUUAGGAACAAUGUCCAGUUUGACCAGUUUGACAGUAACUAAAGAUUAACGGUCAGAUCACAGAAAUUCAAUCUAAAUUUAGAAAUUGAGUGUCUCAUUUUAACAAACAAACCUUGUCUCGUUUCUCAAAUUGACGUGAUCUAGUUACAAAGCUCAAACAGAAGUUUGAUUUCCUGACAAAAAAAAAAGUUAUUUCAAAA